CACACACUGCUCCGCUAAAGAUGUGAAAAUGGCGGAGCUGCAAAUGCUACUGGAAGAGGAGAUUCCAGCAGGACGAAGCGCGCUACUGGACAGUUUCACCAAUUUGGAACGAGUCGCGGAAUACUGCGAGAGCAACUAUGUCCAGUCUCCAGACAAAGAGAGGGCGCUGGAAGAGACUAAGAACUACACCACCCAGUCUCUGGCCAGCGUAGCCUACCUGAUCAACACAUUGGCCAACAAUGUCCUUCAGAUGCUGGACAUCCAGGCCUCGCAGCUCCGCCGCAUGGAGUCCUCCAUCAACCACAUCUCACAGACGGUGGACAUCCACAAAGAGAAAGUAGCAAGGCGGGAGAUCGGCAUCCUCACCACCAACAAGAACACAUCCCGCACACACAAGAUCAUCGCCCCGGCCAAUCCUGAGAGGCCUGUGCGCUACAUCCGCAAGCCCGUCGACUACAGCCUGUUAGACGACAUGGGUCAUGGAGUCAAGUGGUUGCAAAGGUUUAAGGCCAGCGCCCAGAACAUGAAGGCCGGAGGAGGCGGACUCCCUCGCACCAACCCCCCCACACAGAAGCCCCCCAGCCCACCCAUGUCAGGCAAAGGGACCCUUGGGCGCCACUCCCCCUAUAGGACGCUCGAGCCGGUGCGUCCGCCCGUUGUCCCUAACGACUACGUCUCAAGCCCGACGCGCAACAUGGCUCAGCCCCAGCAGAGCCCUGCACGCACUGCAUCCGUUAAUCAGAGGAACCGCACGUACAGCAGUGGGAGCAGCGGAGGCAGCCACCCCAGCAGCAGUCGCAGCAGCAGCCGGGAGAACAGCGGCAGUGGCAGCGUGGGCAUACCCAUCGCUGUGCCGACCCCGGCCCCGCCCAAUGCCUUCCCAGUCCCUGUCCCAUCCAACCCCGCCAAACCUCCCUCAAACAACCCCACCUCCGCCACAACCCCUGGUCCCCCGGGGCCCUCUGCCCUAGACAGCCCCCCACAGGCCCCCAACCCACCUGUAGAGAUCCCGCCUGUACCACCACCCCCUCCCCAGCUCCCUGCCACUGCGGCCCCCACUGGCACAGCCACAUUCGGCAACCCUGCACAAGGUGCGGCGCAGUUCUACAGCAUGAACCGCCCGGCGCAGCCGCAGCUACAGCAGAACUCGCAGGUGGGAGGCUCCCUGCCGUACCGCCGGCCUUCGUCUGUCACCGGUCAGCCCAACAUGGCCCAGAGCCAGCUCAACGGGGGACCACACUUCGCCCAGAACCAAGCCGGCCCGCUCGCGCCCCCUCCCCCCUCCAUGCAGAUCACCCCUCAACUGCCUCUGAUGGGCUUUGUGGCCCGAGUUCAGGAGACUAUCUCAGACGUGCCGCCCCCACCUCCGCCUUCCGACGAGCCGGUGUUUGACGAGCCCACGCCUCCGCCACCGCUGCCGGAUGACUACGAGGAUGAAGAGGAUGAAGACGAGUCGGCGGUGGUGGAGUACAGCGACCCGUACGCCGAGGAGGACCCGCCCUGGGCCCCACGCAGCUACCUGGAGAAAGUGGUGGCCAUCUACGACUACAGCUGCGACAAAGAGGACGAGCUUUCGUUCCAGGAGGGCGCCAUCAUCUACGUGAUCAAGAAGAACGACGACGGCUGGUACGAGGGCGUGAUGAACAGCACCACAGGCCUCUUCCCCGGCAACUACGUCGAGUCCAUCAUGCACUACGCCGACUGAACUAUCCCCCGUCUGAGAGGAAGAGGAGCGGGAGGAGCUCUUGAUGAGGAAGGGAAGGGGUUUAAGGUCAAAGACUGUGAUCAGGUAGGAGUAUGAUCACCUCCGUGCACGGAGAGAAGAGAGAAGCAGGUGGGGAGACGGAGCAGUUUUUAAAGAAGUUGCAACAUGACAAACUGAAGCCCUGUCAUUCUCUCGACAUAGUCGCCAUUGUAAAACAACCACUACUCUAGAUAUAUCCUUCCCUGACUUAUUUCUUUCUUUGUUUCUUUAUUUGACUGAGGACUGGAACGGUGAUGGAUUUGUUGUAUUUUGAGAGUUUUGUGUUACAUCGUGAGGCCACUACAUUGAAUUUUUGCUUCAUCUGUUUCUUUUUUUUGAUUUGUUUAACCAAAUUGCCCUUAUUUUUAAGAAUAUUUAUUGGAUUUUGUAGUGGGAUAAACAGUGAGCAGGUAGAUGGGGCUGCUGAGAGGGAUUUCUACAUUGCAGCCUCAGAGAAAGGGCUUGAGAAGAAUGUGUCGGCCCGUGUAGAUUCUCUCCUUAACACUCCAGAGACGUUUAAGAGAAAAACACACCUCUCGCUAUAUAUAUAUAUAUAUAUAUAUAAAGUAUGAUGCAACAACAAUAUCCUCGAAGGGGACAAAGUAGUCAUUUCUGUACUUGACAAAACUUUUUAGUUAGGUACCUCAGCAGGGAGUGCGCCAAAGCUGACAUUUACUAAGAUAAGCACAUCAAAUGUCUUAAGGUGACACACUAAGCAAGAUGAAGGUGGGUCUGUGAAGACGCCUGAAGGCCAAUGGAAAACCCCCGAGAGUGCUUUAAAUCCACAUUCACCUUUAUUUUCAAAGUUUAUUUAAGUAUCCGAAAAUGUUUUGGGCCAUUGCAAGUCCGAGGUUGAACUCAAGGGGGCGAGUUGACUCACUACAUUCUCCACUUUUGCUGGCCAGUGUGCGUUUUAUGGGUCCAUCCAACAAGUGAGAGGAGAGCAAGAGCUCGUCAGCUGCACAAUGACCUGGAUUAUGAAGUCUUACUCCGCAGCUCCUGUCGUGAACAGUAGGAACGUUUUAGCUCGGCCGGCGCACUAAUCGUUUGCAGUGACGCACUCGACACGAAGGGUUGAUUUUAUUUUUUAUGUUGUCAAGAGUUUUACCAAGGGGGUCCAGGAUCAAGUUUAGCCUGGAGACCGGCAGACUGCAUGUUUCAACAAGGGGGGAAGAAAAAAAAAACUUUUCUCUUCUGCUCUUCUGAAGAUUAAUGUCUUAAUACUUUUAGAUAUGGUGUGGUUUGGUUUUUUGAUAUUCACCUACAACGACGACGCAUUUAGGUCAUAUCUAAGAUGCUUGUGCCAUAUUGAAGUGUGUGUUGCUGUUCCAAGGUUCUCACUUCAUUUGCAAUAAAUUGGCCGGAGUGGGGUUGGAUUUGUCGUUGAGACACAAAACUUUAUUCUCUCCUAUUUUUUAUUUUUCUCCAUCCGUUUUCCCCGAGGUUACUUUAAAUCAAAAGCACAUACAUUUGUAGUAAAAAGGUGUAGAAGAAGAAAUAAUAUAAAUGUGAGAUGUAUUACGUCCUCAAAAAACGGGACUUAUUGAAUAUGAAAAGAAGCCAGCUGUUGUGUUGAAAUGGUUUUAACCGUCGCAAGUCCCCGAUAAUUCUUAACGGCGUCAGUUUAGGCAUCGUCGGUCCUCCGUACUGUUUCCAAUACGCUUGGAUGUUGGGUGUUUGCGAGGGCUCAGUGCUUGUACUUAUGUCAGAAUCUUUAUUUUCUAUUAAAAAAAAAAAGAAAUAAUAACAAGUGGGUCUGUAUGUGAGUCUUGCAUGCCAUUGUUCUUAUCUGUACUGGUGUCCCAAAAAAAACAUGUGUGGCGAGAUCACCCAUUCUCAAACAGACAAGCAGCCCUGCAGCUCUGACCCGGUACCGCCAGCCUCAUCCAAAGAGACUGUACCCACCUUACUUCAAGCCCGCCUCCGAGGAGUCGUCUCUGACCCGCGGGGGGGAGGACGGAGGGGAAGGGACCCGGCUCCCUCCCCUGUCAGUAGCCGCCAUUGCGUCAGUGGUGAAAAAUCCUGUGUGUGAGCUGCUCGUGAAUCCUGCGGACAAAGAACCCCAAGCGGCGGGAGUUGAACGGAUGACGAUAAAUGCUAAUGCUCAAGUUCAAUUGCAAAAAAAGCUUGACUCUUGGUUUUUAUUUCUAUUUUCCAACGCUCCAAAUGGAAAGCCCGGGUCUGCAGGAUUCACAGCCCCUGGAGUCACAGGCGUCCCUCGGGAUGCGGCGUCUAAACAGUCCAUAAUGCCAUUGUGUUGCACAGUUAAAGUUGAAUUGCAGAAGUAUCAUAUUUGUAAAAUUCAUGAGAACAAAGACAAUAAAGUUAUUAAGAUUUA